ACACACUUCAAAGGCAGAGGGCUGGAUAACAGAUAAUUUACACAUAAUACACAUCAUUUAAAGUAAUAACUAGGUAAAUGAGGGACAUAUAAGAAACUCACAACAAGUUAAUGGUCAGUUCUUGAAUAACUCCCAAUGAAAUGUCAUAGAGCAGGUAAUCAUUAGUUAGUUCAGUCAACUGAGAAAAGGGCUGAGAGAACCUAUAAAGAACGAAUGAGGAAAUAUCAAUUAAUGGUUAGUUUAUGAGUUAAUCCAAAUCAAAUGUGUGAGUAGCUGACCAUCAGUUAUUGUUUAGUAAAUUGAGAAACAAGUAAGGAAACUAAUGGGUAAUGAAUGACAAAAUAUCAGUUAAUGGUUCGUUAGUUUUUGAGUUAAUCUCAAUCAGAUGUCAUAUAGUAGCCAACCAUUAGUAAAUGAUUAGUUAAUUAAGAAACAAGUGAGGGACCCUAAUGAGUAAUAAAUAAGGAACUAAACUUUAGUUUAUGGUCAUUUCUUGAGUAACUCCCAAUUAAAUGCUGUAGAGUUAUAUAUUAUUUAGUUAAUUGAGAAAAAAACUGAGGGAACUAAUAAGAAACAAAUGAGGACAUUAGUUAACCAUUAGUUAAUGAUUAGUUGAUUGAGAAACAAGUGCGAGAACUAAUGAGGAACAAAUGAGGAACUAAGUGGUCAUUCCUGAGAAACUCCCAGUCAAAUAAUAGAGUAGUAAACCAUUAGUUAAUGAUUAAUUAAUCGGGAAACAAGAGAGAAAACUAAUGGGGAAUGAAUUAAUUAACUAUUAGUUAAUGGUCAGUUCUUGAGUAACUCCCAAUCAAAUGUAAUAGUACUGAAGUUCUCAAUUAGAACUUAAUUAUUACCUGACAAUUUGACAUCUUUACUGUGUCUCCUUAAAGGGGCAAUAAGCGGAAAGUCAUCAUUUCUAGAUUGAAGGAAUUAAAAAAAUCGCUAUGUGAAGAACUAGAGGUGUAAUUUCAUCUGGAGUAUAGCAUGACCUCACACACCCUCUCUCUGUGUUGAUCUCCAGCCCAUUGUUUACAAGCCGGUCCGGCUGCGUGUUCAUGUACGUUCAUGUGAAUCGCCGCCUCCUCCUCCUCUCAGAGCCCUUGGCCCUCCCUCCCUAUAAAAGGCUACAGCCAGUGAGCAAUGGCAGUGCGUAUUUUCGAAGUGAAAUGGCGGACAGCGGAACAAAACGUUCACCUGAAGACGACCAGGAUCUGACACUACCUCUAAAGAAACAACGGUUGUUGGUGAAGAAGUUGUCAGAUAAAGAAAGGGACAGAACCCAAAUUAACAUUGGCCUUGCAUUUCCAAGGUGGAGAGCACUGCGAGAGCUAAAGGGGCUACAAUCUGACUCGGAGCUAGCUCUUCUUCUCCUGGACAGGUGGUCUUUUCUUUGCCAAGCCAAUGAGGGAUAAGGAGUAUGUCACCAUGAUGGACCCAUUCCAGAUAAAGUAUGGCAAAAUACUGAGUGGUGCUCUAGUGCUGCCUUCUCUGCUGGUGGAUGUGCUGUGGGUGUCCUGCACUCUGCUAAGCUUAGGAUCAACUAUGAGCGUGAUUCUGGACUUGCCCUAUGUCUAUUCUGUUUGGAUCUCAUCGGCUGUGGCCAUUAUCUACACAUUGUUAGGAGGCCUCUAUUCGGUGGCGUACACUGAUGUUAUCCAGCUCUGUUUAGUUUUCCUCAGUUUGUGGUUGUGUAUCCCAUUCCUGCUGCUCAACCCCACAUCUACAAACAUUGCCCAGACUGCAUUCAACCACACGUUCCAAGAACCCUGGGUCAGCACUCUGGAGCAAGACAAAAUCUGGAAGUGGAUUGAUGACUUCUUAAUGAUUGGUAUUGGUAGUAUUUCAUUUCAGAGCUUCCACCAGAGGACGCUGUCUGCCAACUCAUCUCGAACUGCCCAGAUUACCUGCUAUGCUGCUGCUGUUGUCAUCAUCAUACUUGGAAUCCCCCCUGCCUUAGUUGGUGCUGUCGCCGCCUCUACAGACUGGAACCUGACGCUGUAUGGUUCUCCAUCUCCAUAUGUACGUGGUGAGCAAAGUUUGGUCCUGCCCCUGACCCUACAGAACCUCACUCCAUCCUAUAUUUCAAUCAUUGGAAUCGGAGCUGUGGCCGCUGCUGUCAUGUCAUCUGCAGACUCUGGCCUGUUGUCUGCAACUUCUGUUUUCUCUUCAAAUAUCUACAAGAACAUCCUAUGCAAACAGGCAUCAGACAAUGAAAUGCAAUGGGUAAUACGGGUCACAGUGGUGGUGGUGGGUGUGGUUGGGACAUCCAUGACGUUCUACACCAACAGCCCCCUGGUCCUCUGGAUUCUCGGAGCAGAUACUGCCUACACCCUCAUAUUCCCCCAUCUGGUUUCUGUGCUCUUCUUUGAAGUGACGAAUGGUUAUGGUGCCGUGGUGGGUUACAUCGUAGGGCUGACUGUAAGGGUUUUGCUGGGGGAGAAUUCUGUAGGUCUUCCUGUUGUUCUUCAUCUUCCUGGUUGCACACUGGAAGAUGGCGUCUACAUCCAAAAGUCUCCUAUCAGGACAAUCUCCAUGUUGUGCACUUUGGUAACCAUCUUAGUUUUUUCUUUGCUGGCUUCAUUCAUAUUCAAUCAUGACCUGUUGCCUGAGAGGUGGGAUAUUUUCAACGUAAAGCAUAAUGUUACUGUGUCACCUGCGGAUCCCGUCACACAGAAUCUAAACGAAGAAGCAAGAAGUAAUGCUGAGUAUGAUGAGAACACAUAUGGAGUUGCCUUGCAGCCAGUUUUGCCGACUGGAUCGUAACCAGUUGCCCUUUUUUUCCCUUUCUGGCCUGAGUUUUGUAAUAAUCUUGUGUAAACAUUUAGAAAAAUUCCAAGUUGAAGUUGCCUGUAUUUUAAGCUGUUAACUGUUGUGAGCAUUUACUUUCUUUGUUAGUAUUUUUUGUGGAACCAAGUUACACGAAAGAGAAAUCAUUUCAAAAACAGUGGAUUACUCAAAAUAAAGAAUGAUCCUAUUUGCAAUAGUUAAUAAGUGGAAGCUUAUCUCACCUUUCUUAAUGUCUUCUGCUCUCUCCUCUCCUGCUCCACAGGACUUUUGCAUAAUACUGCAACAGCAAUUAAAUAGCAAAUGGGAAUAAAUCAGAAAAGAAGCUGUACUAACAUAUCUAAUGUACAUCUGGUUCAAAUAAAGGCCUAGUGCCUAAUUCUUUUGAAAGAGCAAUGGCCAAUGAGAAAACUCCAACACUUGACCAGGGCUUUAUUGAUCGACCACUGGUGUAACAGUCACUCAGUAAGUCACUCAGUAAGUAAUGGACAGCCUCUAGAGUUUAUAGAGCUAGUUCUGCUUUU